AUGUGGGCGUGGCCGGCCAAGGUGUGGGCGGGGCCGGCCAAGCUGAGGCCGAAGGCAGGCGGGGCCGGCCAAGGUGUGGGCGGGGCCGGCCAAGGUGUGGGCGGGGCCGGCCAAGGUGUGGGCGGGGCCGGCCAAGGUGUGGGCGGGGCCGGCCAAGGUGUGGGCGUGGCCGGCCAAGGUGUGGGCGGGGCCGGCCAAGCUGAGGCCGAAGGCACUGUGCCACCCUGGGUGACCCUCCCAGACACUGUGCCACCCUGGGUGACCCUCCCAGACACUGUGCCACCCUGGGUGACCCUCCCAGACACUGUGCCACCCUGGGUGACCCUCCCAGGCACUGUGCCACCCUGGGUGACCCUCCCAGGCACUGUGCCACCCUGGGUGACCCUCCCAGACACUAUACCACCCUGGGUGACCCUCCCAGACACUGUGCCACCCUGGGUGACCCUCCGAGGCACUGUGCCACCCUGGGUGACCCUCCCAGGCACUGUGCCACCCUGGGUGACCCUCCCAGACACUGUGCCACCCUGGGUGACCCUCCCAGACACUGUGCCACCCUGGGUGACCCUCCCAGACACUGUGCCACCCCUGGGUGACCCUCCCAGGCACUGUGCCACCCUGGGUGACCUUCCCAGACACUGUGCCACCCUGGGUGACCCUCCCAGGCACUGUGCCACCCUGGGUGACCCUCCCAGGCACUGUGCCACCCUGGGUGACCCUCCCAGGCACUGUGCCACCCUGGGUGACCCUCCCAGACACUGUGCCACCCUGGGUGACCCUCCCAGGCACUGUGCCACCCUGGGUGACCCUCCCAGACACUGUGCCACCCUGGGUGACCCUCCCAGGCACUGUGCCACCCUGGGUGACCCUCCCAGGCACUGUGCCACCCUGGGUGACCCUCCCAGACACUGUGCCACCCUGGGUGACCCUCCCAGGCACUGUGCCACCCUGGGUGACCCUCCCAGACACUGUGCCACCCUGGGUGACCCUCCCAGACACUGUGCCACCCUGGGUGACCCUCCCAGGCACUGUGCCAACCUGGGUGACCCUCCCAGACACUGUGCCACUCUGGGUGACCCUCCCAGACACUGUGCCACCCUGGGUGACCCUCCCAGACACUGUGCCACCCUGGGUGACCCUCCCAGGCACUGUGCCACCCUGGGUGACCCUCCUCCUCCCAGCAGAUGA